GCAAUCUACAUGUUCCACUGCUUCACCAGCAGGAACACAGAGAGGGUGGAGAACUUCCUGAAGGGAAAUUAUCAUUACUCUCUGGAGGACUUCCUGUAUGCAAUCAUGCAGAAAUCCCUCAGUAGUAAAAAUGGCCACCUGGACCUGUUUGCUCGCUUCCUUCAUGGCCUCUCUGUGGAGUCCAACCAGAGACUCUUAGGAGGCCUGCUGGGUCAGACAGAGAACAGUCCAGAAACCAUCCAGGAAGUCAUCAACAACCUGAAGGAGAUGAACACUGGUGGAAUCUCUCCUGACAGAAGCAUCAACAUCUUCCACUGUCUGAUGGAGAUGAAGGACCUCUCAGUUUAUCAGGAGAUCCAACAGUUCCUGAAAUCAGAGAACAGAUCAGAGAAGCUCUCAGAGAUCCAGUGCUCAGCUCUGGCCUUCAUGCUGCAGAUGUCAGAGGAGGUUCUGGAUGAGUUGGACCUGGAGAAGUACAACACAACAGAAGCAGGACGACGGAGACUGGUUCCAGCUGUGAGGAACUGCAGAAAGGCUCGCUUCCUCCUCAAGCCACCUUCAACCUGCUCCUCUUUCUGCAUCUCUUUUGUCUAAUCUACCUGCUCCAUCCUGUUCUGGUCUCCUACAUCUGGGGUCCCCACAGUGGAUCAUUUCAUGUGGAGUGAGGGAAGUGAUGUUAGAAACCAUCACAGGUUUGACAUCAGUGACCUUGGCUGAGUUAAAGGAGGGAACAAGGCUUCACUCUCUGCUGAUCUCACUGCUCUGCAGCUUUCAGAUCUCCAGAGUUGAUCACGUCUGUGGAGAGAAGUUAUGACAUUAUUAUUAUAACAUAAGAGCUUCAUAAUAUUUAUAUUCAUCAAUCAUUUAUAUAACCCUUUGCAUGAAUAAUAAAGAGGACCAAAGUGCUUUACAAUAAAACAUACUGAAAUGAACAAAGUGAAGCAUAAAAUUGUUUGCCAUUACCCACUGUUUUAAUUUAUUUAAUGUUUAAUAAAUAACUCUCGGUCUGUUAAGUAUUGUCCAGUGAAUAUCAGCCCAAAC